AUGAACCCCCUUAGCAGAGCACUCAACCGAUGCAGCUAUGGCUAUCAAUUGAAAAGUGGGACAACGAGUACAACAGUAGCCCACACUUUCUACAUGGACGAUCUGAAGCUGUUUGCGGAAACUAAAGAGAAACUGCAACUUCUACUGCAGCUGGUAUCGACGUUCAGCAACGAUAUUUAUAUGGAGUUUGGUAUCGAUAAAUGUCGACUAGUCAACCUCCAUCGAGGUAAAGUGUUGGACGCCGACAGUUUCCGCAUCAACGAGAGAGAGGAGAUACGAUGUAUGGUUGAAGGUGAAUCGUACAAGUACCUUGGAUUCCUGCAACUGAAAGGUAUUCACCACACGGUGAUCAAGAAAGAGCUGCAGGGUAGGUUCUUGCAUCGUGUCAACAGUAUAUUGAAUUCGCUCCUCUCCGCCGGCAACAAGAUAAAGGCGAUAAAUACGUUUGCCGUGCCCUUGUUGACAUACAGCUUCGGGGUGGUCAAGUGGACCAAAACGGAUUUGGAGGCGAUAGAACGAGCGUUACGAGUGUCGCUCACCAAAUACCGUUCGCACCACCCAAAAUCAGCAACCGAAAGAGUCACCUUGCCACGUAUUGAAGGCGGAAUUGGUGUCACCGAUAUCCAAGCGCUAUGCGUUUCCCAGAUCCAGCAGUUGCGACAAUAUUUCAGAGAGAGCCAAAACCGUCAUGAUAUCUAUCGCACUGUUUGUCGAGCAGAUCAUGGAUCCAGCGCCCUGCAUCUGGCGCAGGAGGAAUAUCAGCUGAACUGCGACCUGAAAACUGUAGAAGAGAAGGUCGCAUCGUGGAAGCAGAAGGAAUUGCAUGGGACACACCCCCAUCAGUUAGAGCAAGCGCAGAUUGAUAAAGUGGCAUCAAAUACGUGGCUGGUGCGAGGUGAGCUCUUUUCGGAAACAGAAAGUUUCAUGGUAGCCAUCCAGGACCGGGUCGUUGCGACGAAGAACUACCGCAGGUAUAUAUUGCACGAAAACAUAGAAGACCGCUGUCGUAAGUGCAAUUUAGUAGGAGAGUCGAUCGAGCACGUCGUCGCAGGCUGUCAAGCGUUAGCUGAGAUAGCCUAUCUCGGUCGGCAUAAUGCGGUUGCCAAGAUUGUGCACCAACAACUUGCACUGAAGCACGAUCUGGUGAACCAGUAUGUGCCCUGCUACAAAUAUCUGCCAGACCCGGUUUUGGAAAAUAGCUGCAUCAAACUGUACUGGGAUCGCGAGAUCAUAACGGAUGUCCUCAUACGUGCCAAUCGCCCUGAUAUUGUGGUCUACGACAAAAGAAUGAAACGGGCAACCAUCAUUGAUAUCGCUGUGCCGUUAGAUCGUAAUCUUCAGUCGACGUUCUCAACCAAGAUAACGAAGUACCACGAUUUGGCUGAGGAGUUGAAGCAAAUGUGGCAACUUGAGGAAGUGCGUAUAGUUCCAGUUAUUAUCUCCGCCACUGGAAUAGUUCCCUGUACUCUACUGCGCUCUCUUGAUGAGUUGGAACUGCGAAGAGAACUACCCAACAUCCAAAAAGCGGUGAUUCUUGGGACCUGCAACACAGUUCGAAGGUUCCUGAAUCAUCAUAACUGA